AUGGCGAGCUCCUCUUCUCUACCUCCUGGCCACGGACGUGUUGUGGUGUCUUCGCAUGCCGCGAAAGCGGUGUUCGCGGAACUGGCAUCGACUUAUCCCUUGAAGCUCCUAUCACCUAGGGUUGCUGGGGACGGUGUCGCUGUCGUAUAUGUGAUGGGCUACGGCGGUGGUCUCGUUGGGGGAGAUGAGGUGUUUCUGACCGUUGAGGUACAGAGGCAGGCUUCAUUGGUCCUCUUGACUCAGGGAUCCACAAAGGUGUUCAAAACGCGAAUCGGAGCUCGAUUGGCCUCAGGCACCAGACCCCACACGUUUCAAGACAGGACCUUGACAGUGCAAACGAUGAGCUAUAGGGUUGGGUCAGGCAGCAGCCUUUUCCUCCUGCCCGAACCUGUAACUUGUUUCCGUAAUGCAUCCUAUAACCAAAUCCAAACGUUCGAUCUUGAAGAAACCGCGUCCCUCGUCCUCUUGGAUUCAAUCACCGAAGGGCGUCAGGCUCAAGGCGAAGACUGGGAUUUAUCUCGCUACUACAGCAUGAACCGAGUCAAGAUUGGGAAAAACCUGGUCGCCAACGAUGUCUUACUUCUGGAAGAUCAGGGCCAUGGCCCUCAGACCCCGGGCUUGCCUUCUCGAUCCUUGCGGGAUCAACUGGCUCCUUAUUCAUGCUAUGCUAUGGCGAUCCUUUGCGGGCCACAGGUUCAGGACACGAUAAAGGACAUCGCGGAGCAGUAUGAACCUUUGGCAGUCUACCAGCGUAGAACAGCCGAAGACUGUAUUUGGUCUUUCAGCCCCUUGGACGCUGCGACUACAUUUCAGGCCGCGAUUGUGCGCGUGGCUGGGAAGGAGGCUCAACUCGUUCGAUCUCGGCUAAAGAUCAUACUCCGACAGCUCGAGGGAGUUGUUGGGGUUGACGUUUACAGGAGAGCCUUUGCCUAAUCAACAGACGGGAUAAACCUCUUGGGCAAGGCCGCCUCAAGCUGGAGAUUCUGAUCUUUACGAGAGUCUUCUUCAUCCCGCUUGGGCAGGAGUGUUCGGUGGAACGAGCUCGAGGGCUUUGCGGUUAACGUUGACCUGGGAGACUAGGCCCACCGUGUUGGCUUGUUGUGAUCGCCGAAGCCAAAUGGAUGCCUGUCAUCAGACAAUCUACCUUUCUGUCCGACUUCUUCGUUCAAGACAGUCGGCCGCUGCAUAUAAACACCUUGUGAUCACCUCAAUGGGAUUGUGUCUAUC